AAGAACUUGAAACUAUAAUUAAUGAAAUAUCAAAAAAUUUAAUUAAAGAUAAUAAUCUUUUUGAUGAAAAUGAAAAUAAAACUAAAAAUAAAAAUAAAGAUGAAGAUGAAGAUAAUAGUUUUGAUUUAGAUAAUGAAAAAGAUAAAACUAAUCUUAAUGAUUUACUUAUAACAGAAUUAAUAGAUUUGAAUUUUUAUGAUUAUAAUAAAAUUGAAACUAAUUUAUCUUCAAAUCAACAAUAA